CUUUGAAAGGCGGCGGGAGGCGGCGAGUGCGAUGGCGAGCUUGGGUCUUCUGCUGAGAGUGCUGGGCCUGGUCCUGUGCGGGGCGGCGAGCCUUGGGCUGUCCGCUCCUCCCGCCCUCACCUCCAAGAAGCCCAUCAUCGGAAUAUUAAUGCAAAGGUGCCAUAGUGAGAACAUGAAAAUCCUGGGAAAAUACUAUAUUGCUGCAUCCUAUGUAAAGUAUCUGGAGUCCGCAGGUGCGAGAGUUGUACCCAUAAGGCUUGAUCUUAAAGAUGAAGAGUAUGAAAAGCUUUUCAAAUCUAUUAAUGGGAUCCUUUUCCCUGGAGGAGGUGUUAACCUCAUGAAGUCAGAUUACGCCCACGUGGCCAAAAUAUUUUACAAGUUGGCCAUACAGGGUUUUGGUAAUGGAGACUAUUUUCCCACGUGGGGGACCUGCCUUGGAUUUGAAGAGCUUACGUACCUGGUCAGUGGAGAGAACUUAUUAACCCUCACAGAUACUGUUGGAAUGAAAAUGCCACUGAACUUCACUAGAGAUCCAUUGCAGAGCAGAAUGUUCCAGAAUUUUCCUGCUGACUUGUUGCUGUCAUUAGCCAUAGAACCUCUGACUGCAAAUUUCCACAAGUGGAGCCUCUCUGUGAAGAAUUUUACAAUGAAUGAAAAGUUAAAGGCGUUUUUCAAUAUAUUAACUACAAAUACAGAUGGCGAUGUUGAGUUUAUUUCAACAGUGGAAGGAUACCGGUAUCCAGUGUAUGGUAUCCAGUGGCACCCAGAGAAAGCCCCUUAUGAGUGGGGAAAAUUAAAAGGCAUUUCCCAUGCGCCGAACGCCGUGAGGGCUGCGUUUUACUUAGCAGACUUCUUUGUGGCUGAAGCUCGGAAAAACAAUCACCAUUUUGAAUCCGAUGUUGAAGAGGGCAAAGCACUAAUUUAUCAGUACCGUCCAGUUUAUACUGGGAACAUUUCUUCGUUUGAGCAAAGUUAUAUAUUUGAUUGAAAGCCUUCAGUGUGUUAGCAGAGAAAUUUUGAUUAACUCCAUGAUUAAACUGUUGUAAUAACUUACUACUCAUGACGAUAAUAGAAGGCUACAGAGAUUCCUUUUCUAUGAUGUUACCGGCUGUGAUUCUUCAUUCAGUAUAUUUGACUGUUUAUAUCACAUUUGAUAAUCAGUCAGUGAGACAGAUACAUAAUCCGAGUGUUUUUCAUGGA